AUGGCCGAAUACCAUGGCGACCCGAGAGGCCACUCGUCCAAUUACCAGCGCGAUGCUGCCUUCUCCAACAUUUUCGGCGCUGCCCCCCCGCCGGGUCGUUCCCAGACAAUGACCUCCUCCUCGAUGCCUCCUCAGAUGAUGCCGCAACAGGGCAGAACGCAGACAAUGUCAUCUUCGACCAUGUCUUCCAUGCAGCGACAACCGCCCCCCAGAGUCCCUCCGGGCCAAUACAUGGAUCGCGAGCCGAGCUCUCCGAGAGGCGCUCCCGUGCAGCAUAAUGGGUACGCGGCACAGCAGCGCUCGGCGUCUGGCGGCUACCAAGUGCCCAAUCCUCAAGCACACUACCUGCAGCAGCAACAGCAACAGGCUCGCCGCCCGUACGGAGGGCCUGCCGGUCCGCUCCCUCCGCGCGGCGACGCUCGUGGCCCGCCGCCCUCGUCCCAGGCCCAAUACGGUCCGCCAAGAACCGCAGCACAGAGAUACUACCAAGCAGGCGGGGGCGCUGGGCCGGCUUUGAAUAAUGAUCCCUACCGCUCGCAGUCUCUUGCUUCCGCCCCCAGACCGAACAUGUACCAGCCUCCCCCGAGCGCCUACGGUUCUCAACCGAGUCACCAAGCCCCGGCCAAUGCUUUCCGUCAACCUCCGUACAAUCCGAGUUCGUCCCGAACCACGGCGCAAGGAAGAGUCGUGCCGGAGCGCCACGACGACCGGGCCAUGUCAAUGACCGGCUAUCCCCCUCAGGACCGCGAUAUGCAUCAGCAACAGAACUCGCACCAGACGAUGAGCGGCCGGGUCAUUCCGAACAGACGGGCGCCCGUGGAGUUGCCAGCCACCAAUGGCAGCUUUGGGGGAGGCUAUACACCAGCCCCAGGGUCUCAGACGAGGACGACAAGCAUAGCUUCCUCGAAUGGCGAUUCGCACGCCCAAAGGACAAUGUCGAUGGCGUCUACGGUGGCACCAACGAUAACACCUUCGGAAAGCGACGCUGCGACACUGGCACAUAGGCCCUCCAUGAGCAAGUCCAUCGACGGUGAACGGCCGCCAACCGCCAAGAUCCGACCCCCCCUGGUAUAUCCCGCGCUGCUGUCGAGGGUUGCCGACUGCUUCCGACAAAAGAUCAUCACCGGCGACCGGACGAAGAACGAGCUCACGUAUAAGAAUGCCUUCAGCGGUGCCGAAGCUGUGGAUGUCUUGUCGUACAUUAUUAGGACGACCGAUCGAAAUCUGGCGCUGUUGCUGGGACGAGCACUCGACGCACAAAAGUUCUUCCACGACGUUACGUACGAACACCGCUUGCGAGACUCGACGUCAGAAAUGUACCAGUUCCGGGAAACUCUUAUGGAAGAACCCGAGGAGAAGCCUCCUGUAAACGGCGUUUUCGUCCUCCUCUCCGAGUGUUACUCCCCGACAUGUACAAGAGACCAACUUUGCUACUCCAUCGCCUGCCCACGGAGACUGGAACAGGUAUCUCGGCUGAACCUGAAGAUUCAGCCCGGUCUCAAGAAGGAGUCCGACAACGCAGCGAACGAGGACGAUGUCGAUCAAACCGACGAGCAGAAGCUGUGGAUUAACUCCGUCCCUAGGGAAGUGGCCGACAGCGUCGGCGACAGGGAGAAGAAGAGGCAAGAGGUUAUCUCGGAGAUCUGCUACACAGAAAGAGAUUUCGUCAAGGACUUGGAAUACCUCCGCGACUUUUGGAUCCUGCCCCUGCGGUCUAAGGCGUCUCCUAUCCCUGCUAACAAGAGGGAGAAGGUUGUCAAGUCGAUAUUCAGCAACAUUGUGGACCACCCGAGUCUUCACGCGGUGAGCUCGCGGUUUGCCAAGUCGUUGACAGAGCGGCAACAGAAGAAUCCGGUUGUCGGCAAUAUUGGUGACAUCUUCGCCGAGUGGGUACCUCAGUUCGAGCCAUUCAUUUGGUAUGGCGCCAGACAACUGGAGGCCAAGUUCGAAUUCGAGAACGAACGUUCAGCCAACCCUUACUUUGCCAAGUUUGUGGACGAGAUUGAGCGGAGGAAGGAGUCGCGCAAGCUCGAGCUCAACGGUUAUCUCACCAAGCCGACAACCCGAUUGGCUCGUUACCCGCUGCUGCUGGAGAACGUGCUCAAGUAUACAGAGGACGGCAACUCUGACAAGGAAGACAUCCCCAAAGUGCUCAAGUUGAUCCGCGACCUGUUGACGAGAGUCAAUGCCGAGUCAGGAAAGGCCGAGAACAGGUUUAAUCUAAGACGCUUGCACGAGCAACUGCGCUUCCGGCCAAACGAGAGGGUCGACCUGCGCUUGACAGAGGAGGGCAGAGAAUUGGUUUUCAAGAGCCAGCUGAAGAAGACACCCCAGGACGCCUCCGAGAUCACGGCCUUCCUGUUCGACCACGCGGUUCUGUUGGUGAGGGUCAAGCAAGCUGGCAAGGGCGAGGAGAUCAAAGCAUACAGGCGGCCGAUUCCCUUGGAGUUGCUCGCUAUUCGGGAGAUGGAGGAGGUGAUCCCUGGAUCUGGCGCCAUGAAGCGAUCGUCUUCGAGUUUGAUUCCUCAACUGCGUACCAACACGAACGACAGCAAGAAGGGCGAAGGCUGGCCGAUCACGUUCAGGCACUUGGGAAAAGCCGGGUACGAACUGACGCUUUACGCGUCGAACCAGGCUGCACGCAAGAAGUGGCUCGAGUUCAUUGAUAGCGCCCAACAACGUCUGAGGGCUCGCGCCGACUUCUUCAACACCAGCGUUAUCUCGGCAGGGUUCUUUGUCGGUACGAACCAAGUCAACUGCGUCACGCCAUAUGAUGGUGGACGCAAGCUGCUGUACGGAACGGACAACGGCAUCUACCUCUCGGACCGCAAGAGCAGGGACGCGGUGCCCAAACGGGUCAUCGAGACGACGAGCGUCACCCAGCUCGAUGUUCUCGAGGAAUACGGUCUCCUUUUGGUGCUGUCGAACAAGGCGCUCUACUCGUACCCUCUGGGAGCUCUCGACCCCAACGAGCCCGCUCUUUCCAAGAGACCCAAGAAGAUCCAGAGCCACUGCAACUUCUUCAAGACGGGUAUCUGCCUAGGCAGGCAUCUCGUGUGCUGCGUCAAGUCCUCGGCUCUCUCGACUACAAUAAAGGUGUACGAGCCCAACGACGCCAUGUCCAAGGGGAAGAAGCAGAAGGGUUUUGGCAAGAUGUUUGCUGGACAAGACGAGCUCAAGCCGUUUAAGGAAUUCUACAUCCCCACGGAAUCGUCGUCGGUGCACUUCCUCAAGUCGAAGUUGUGUGUGGCGUGUGCCCGUGGUUUCGAGGUGGUGUCGCUUGAGACGCUCGAAACCCAGUCGCUUCUUGACCAAGCCGACACGAGUCUUGACUUUGUUGCGCGGAAGGAGAACGUCAAGCCGAUCCACAUUGAGCGCCUCAACGGCGAGUUCCUGCUUAACUACUCGGAAUUCUCCUUCUUUGUCAACCGCAACGGUUGGCGCGCGAGACCGGAAUGGCGCAUUGACUGGGAGGGAACACCACAGAGCUUCGCCCUCAGCUACCCGUGGAUUUUGGCGUUUGAGCAGAACUUCAUUGAGCUCAGAAACAUUGAGAAUGGCGCCGUGCACAUUGUGCCGCACAAGAACAUUCGGAUGCUGCACAGCAGUACGCACGAGAUCAUUUUCGCGUAUGAAGACGAAAAGGGCGAAGACGUUGUCGAAGCCAUUGACUUUUGGAAGACCAACAACAGGAGAUCUGAAAUUCCUUGA